CCUUCCGCUACCCCCGCAGCCCCCCGUGCCGUCUGCCUGCCACCGUCGGUCUGGAUGCGGGAGCGUAAUGGCGGUGCACCGGGGACCCUCUACGAAAUGGCUCUUCACCCGGGAGCAGCUCGAAAACACGCCGUCUCGACGCUGCGGAGUCGAGUCUGACAGGGAGCUCUCCUACCGGCAGCAGGCCGCCAACUUAAUCCAGGACAUGGGCCAGAGACUCAACGUCUCUCAAUUGGUGAUUAAUACUGCUAUAGUGUAUAUGCAUAGAUUUUAUAUGAUUCACUCCUUCACUAAAUUCCAUAGAAAUAUCAUCUCCCAGACCACCUUGUUCCUGGCAGCUAAAGUAGAGGAGCAGCCCAGGAAGCUGGAACACGUCAUUAAAGUGGCACAUGCCUGCAUUAACCCCCAAGAGGCCCCGUUAGACACUAAGAGUAAUGCAUACCACCAGCAAGCCCAAGAACUUGUAUUACUAGAAACAAUAGUGCUGCAAACGCUGGGUUUUGAAAUAACAGUUGAACAUCCGCACACAGAUGUUGUGAGGUGUUCCCAGCUAGUGCGAGCAAGCAAGGAUUUGGCACAGACUUCCUAUUUCAUGGCUACCAACAGCCUGCACCUUACUACCUUCUGCCUGCAGCACAAGCCCACAGUCAUUGCAUGUGUCUGCAUCCACCUGGCCUGCAAGUGGUCCAACUGGGAGAUCCCUGUCUCCACGGAUGGCAAACACUGGUGGGAGUACCUGGACCGCACAGUAACGUUACAGCUGCUGGAUGAGCUGACACACGAGUUCCUUCAGAUCCUGGAAAAGACACCCAGCAGGCUAAAGAGGAUAAGAAACUGGAGGGCUACACAAGCUGCUAAGAAGCCAAAGACAGAUGGCUCAGCGGUGGAGAGUGCCUUUCAGGGGACCUCUUCAUUAGAAUCCCUUCCUGGCGUCACCAACUCCUUCUUCCCAUCCACCUCGACGUCAGAUUCUGCAGAGAUGCCCUCAGUGGACGCAAUGGGGGGCACCUAUGCCUCCUACCAGCCACUAGAUGACCAGUCAAAGGCCUGUGGCUACGACCAGUUCCCCUCCCAAGCCUCUCAUUCAGACUACACACUGGGGAAACAUGAACACAAAGCUGCUGGCGUGUCUAGUAGUAAACACCAGCAGCUCGGUGCAAAUCCCACACCUUUCGCCCGGCCGCAGAAAGUCUUGACUUUGGACAAGUACCGAGAGAAACAAGCGGCAGAGUUAGCUUUGCAGAAUGGCAGGACAGAGGAGCAGAGCGCAGACAUGUACGGGCCUCCUCCAGCCCUCUCGUCCCACCACCAUAAGAAACGCUCUCAGCCACAGCAGGCUGCCCAGCCCAGUGAUGGCAGGAGAGACAAGUCCAGCUCCAAAAAGUCACGCCUCCCUCCGUCCUUUGCUGAGAACGGCACCGCCAGCAGCGAGGAGCUUAAGAUGAGAAUCAAAGUAUCAUCAGAGCGCCACGGAGGCUCAGAGCAGGGCGGCUCUUUGCCCAGCAAAGACAAGCACAAAGAACAUUCUGGCCACCGCCACCCUAAGCAUGGCCAUUCCCACCCAUACUCCCUCAGUGGAAACAGUCGGGGGACAGUGGACAACCCUGCCUUAUCCCUCCGAGCCCCCGGCAGCCACUGCGGUGACAUGGGCUCUUCCAGCUCAUCUCGGAAGAGAGCUCACCCCGACUCUGGCGGCCACAACCACCACCACCAUUCGACCAAGAGCAGCCGCAGCUCCAAGGGAGGUGUCGGCUCGUCCCACUACUCAUCAGAGGGCGGCCAGAGGAUGGUGGUGGAGCGCCACGGUCAUGAGGGAACCAACGGCAUGCUGGGUUCCAACGGCCAACACACAGACUACAAAGACACUUUUGACAUGCUGGACUCCUUACUAAGUGCCCAAGGAAUGAACCUGUAACCCCCCCUAAGGGUCCAGAAUGUUGUCUAGAUUUCAACAGUUAGGUAUUAUCAUAAUUUAAUAGAAUAAAAAAAAUGAAUUUAUUUCUCUUAAGUUAUCUGAAUUCCAUAUCACCCUCAGUCGUGUCUACACACUGAUUAUUGAUUAUCCUCGUAAAGCUGUCAAAAAAUGUAAAAAUAUAUGCAUAGAGCUGUGUGCUACUAGCUUGCAACAAAAACAAACUAUUGACAUUUCUGAAUAUGUGAUUGGAAAAAUGGGAUUUUAAAUCUGUUUCUUUUAAUGCGAGCUGUUCUUAUGUUUUUAAAUGAUGUGCAUGUUUUCAAUCACAAAAGGGAAGACAUAGCUAGUGUUCGCAGCCAUGGUGACAGUUUACAGACAGUUGACAUUAAUGUAUGUACAUUUUUGUAUGUUAAGACAUUUUAUUCCACUUAAAAAAAACUCAGGUCUUGAACUUUUUUGAUAUGAGAACGAAUCUUCCUCUUUGGGUUUAUUACCUGUAUCUGUGGAGAUGUAUCACUUUGUCCAUUUGUUGGUGAAGAUGGCAGAAAUUUGGUAUCUGUCUUAGGAGACAUGGUCUGCUUAUUUUUCCAAGAGCGCAUUGUAUAUGAUAGUUCGACAAACAAUACAGAUGUGAGCCAGAGGCCAUUUGCUGUCUAUUAGCUGUCCAAUGGGGACGCCCAAUGCACCUCUAAACUUAAUGCGCAGACCCAUUUUAGAGCUACAAAUGAAGUUUACGUUAUAUCUGCUGUGAAAGUGCAUUUAAGAUAUCUCGGCUAAAAUUGCAAAAAGGCCUUGUGAUUGUACGUUGUCAAUCGCUAUUCAGUAUGAUAAAUGUCUUAUUAACCAUCAGAAAAUAAAGACCUCUAAAAUAAAAUUGUAUAUAUAGGACUGUAGUUCUGAUUAAAACGUUGGCUUGUUGCAUCAGUCCGAACCUUCCUCCAUUCAGUGUAUUAUGAGACCUAAAGCAGACUCUGUAUUGAUGAGCAUAUCCUUGAUUUGUGUAUUGGGAGCCCAAAUAAAGGUGUAAAAGUGAUUUUUACACAACACAG